CCUUCUACAAACACUGGGUUAAAGCGUUACUCUCUGCCAUCGCCCUGAAGGACUGCCACCAUUUGGCCCAGAAGCUCUGUCCCCUUUCACUUUCACUUCUCAGCCAGUUCCUCAGGAGGAACUACUUCCUGCAGACUGAGCCCCGGGUUGGAGAAUGAACCCUGACCAGAACCGCCCCGACUUUUCCUCACCACUUAAAUCUGGAGUCAAGACUUCUCCGCUGGGACCUGAAGCUUUUCAGCCUUGGCCAAUCUUGAAAGUGUGCACAGUUAGCAUCCCUUUUAUUUGUGUCAUUCUUAUACCAUAUCCUUUCAAUCUGCCCACCCAUCCAGGAAUCUUUAAGCAAGAAGAGUCUCGGGAAGAAACCAGGGGAGCAGCUGCCAUGGCUUUAGAAUUCCUAGUGAACAUGAAAGAGAAGGUGACUUGUGCCAUCUGCCUGGAACUUUUGACAGAACCCCUGAGUCUAAACUGUGGCCACAGCUUCUGCCAAGCCUGCAUCACUGACAAGAAGCCAGAGAUCGGCCCAGGAGGGGAAAGCAGCUGUCCUGUGUGUGGAGUCAGAUACUCUUUUGGAAGCCUAUGGCUUAAUCAGCAUCUAGCCAACAUAGUAGAGAGAGUCAAAGAGGUCAAGCUAAGCCCAGAGGAAGGGCAGAUGAAAGAUCUCUGUUUGAGCCAUGGAGAGAGACUCCGACUCUUUUGUAAAGAGGAUAGGAAGGCUAUUUGUCAGUUUUGUGAAUGGUCCCAGGAGCACCGUGGUCAUCAGAUAUUCCUCAUGGAGGAGGUAGUCAAGGCAUACCAGGAAAAGCUCCAGACAACUCUGGACAGACUGAGGAAGGAGCAUCAGGAAGCUGAGAAGUUGGGUGCUGACAUCAGAGAAGAGAGAACUUCCUGGAAGAGUCAGAUACAGACUGAGAAACACAGGAUACAAACAGAAUUUAAUCAGCUUAGAAGCAUCCUGGACAGUGAAGAGCAAAGAGAACUCCAGAAAUUGGAGGAAGAGGAGACGAAGACCCUGCAUGACUUAGCUGAGGCUGAGAAUGCACUGGUUCAGCAGAGCCAGUUGCUGGAAGAGCUCAUCUCAGAUCUGGAGCGUCGCAGUGGAUGGUCAGCCCUGGAGCUGCUGCAGGACACGAGUGGAAUCAUGAAAUGGAGUGAGGUGUGGACAUUGAAGAAGCCAAAAACUAUUUCAAAAAAACUGAAGCAUGGAUUCCGUGCUCCAGAUCUGAGUGGAAUGUUGCACACGUUUAAAGAGCUCACAUGUGUCCAGUAUUAUUGGGUGGACAUGACAUUUAAUCCAUUCAACUUAAAUUUGAAUCUCACCCUUUCAGAGGAUCACAGACAGUUGGCAUCUGUGCCAAUUUGGCCUAUGAAGUAUUAUAAUUAUGGUGUCUUGGGCUCCCAAUAUUUCUCAUCAGGAAAACACUACUGGGAAAUAGAUGUGUCCAAGAAGACUGCCUGGAUCCUGGGGAUAUACUAUAGAAAACGUUCCUGUAAUAAAAAGUUUGGUGUUAGACGAGACACAAUUUAUCAAAAGGCUUUCGGUAAUAAAAAGUUUGGUGUUAGACCAGACACACUUUGUCAAAAGGCUUACUCCAGAUUUAGACCUGAAAAUGGCUACUGGGUUGUAGGGUUACAGAAUCAAUCUGAGUACAAUGCCUUUGAAGACUCUGCCACCUCUGAUCCCAAGAUCUUGACUCUUUCUGUGGCUGUACCUCCCCGCCGAGUUGGGGUAUUCUUAGACUAUGAAGCAAGCACUGUCUCAUUUUUUAAUGUCACAAACCAUGGGUCACUCAUCUACAAGUUCUCUAAAUGUCACUUUUCCCAAACUGUUUAUCCCUAUUUCAAUCCUUGGAACUGCCUAGCUCCGAUGGCUCUGUGCCCACCGAACUCCUGAAUGUUCUCUUUCCCUCACCCACUUCUGUGUAGCAACCUUGUCCUGAGGCUCAUCUCCUGCACCAGAGCUGAUAUCUACAUUCCAAACCUUCUCUUGUCUCUUUCCUUUAGAACUUUUACUAGUUCUUGGGAUUUGAAUUUUUUUCUGGAUUAAGUUAGAAGAGAAUCUUAUUUACCCAGUUACCCUUUUAUGUAUUCUCAGUGUCAGAUAUAUUAUACCUCUUAAAGACAGAGCAAUAUUUCUCCAUAAUUUCCUUUAUCACUGAUUUUGAGAGGUAUGGAAAAACCUGUCUGCAACCACACAUGACCUUAGGAUAAUCCAUAAUCGCCCCACCCACCACCAAGAACAACUAAGGAGUAUUUGAGUACAUGUCUGUUUCCUAGCAUACAGCAGUGUCAUCAGUUGAG